UGCACUCCUGUAUCUCUGACAGGUCCAGGAGGUGGCGAUGGCUCCGCAGCCGCCUCACGUUGCUGUCCAGGAGGUGGCGACGGCCCUGAAGCCGCCUCAUGUUCCUGUCCAGGAGGUGGCGAUGGCUCCGCAGCCGCCUCACGUUCCCGUCCAGGAGGUGGUGUGAGCGCCGCUCCCGCCUCACGUUCCCGUCCAGGAGGAGUACCGGCGGCGACUGGUCCGCGGCCAUUCAACACUCCUGCUUCGUCGGCAACCGGCCCGAGGUCGCCUCACGCUCCCGCUUCGACGGCGACCGGCCCCCGGCCGCUCCACGCUCCUGCUUCGUCGGCGACUGGCCCCCGGCCACCACACGCUCCUGCUUCAUCGGUGAUCGGUCUGCGGUCGCCGCCGUUCCUGCUUUGACAGCGACCGGUCUGCGGCCACUCCGCAGUCCUGCUUUCGCGGCGACCGGUGAGCGGCCACCACACGCCCCUGCUUUGUCGCCGACCAGUCCACGGUCGUCCCCCGUUCCUGCUUCGACGGCGAUAGGCCCGCGGCCGACCCUCGCCCCUGUCUCAGCUGCGACAGGUCCGCAGCUCCCCCAUGCUUCUGCUCUGAUGGUGACUGGCACGUGGUUGUUCCACGCCCCUGACUCGACGGCAACAGAGGAUGGUGAUGGCUCAUUGGCAUCCUCAUGUUCCUGUUCAGGAAACAGCAACGGUACCACAGUCGUCUUCGUUCCAGUCCCGGCGGCGACCGGUCCGCGGCCGUCCCACUUUGAUGGUGACAGGAGCUGGGGAGUUCUGAUGGGCCACCCUGGAACUGGAAAGGCUUCGGGAUGGCUGUGAUGGUGAUUGUGGGGGUCAUGGCUUUGGUCCUUCUCUCAGUCAUCCUCUUCGCUCCUGAUGGCUCCCAGCCGCUUCAUGACCUGGUCCACGGCUGCCUCCUGGCCAAACCUCGGCGGAAACCAAUCCCUAGUCGUCUCGCCACCACGGCAUGGAAACAACAAAACAAAUUCUUUACAGAUGCAACAUUCCUCCCUUGCUAAUUAAAUAUUGUCCUCAACAUUUGCACUUUGAUAUCUGGUAUACAGCAUUGACUGAACAAAUGUAAUAAGUAACAUAUUUUACCAUAUAGAUUAUUUUCAAAACCACAACUGAAUUUUAACUAUUUUGCAUAUAACCCAAACUAUUUCAAUGGUAUUCCAAUCAUGUAAUACUAUGCUGUCACGUAGACAACAUAUUUGCACCAGGUGAAUGCAUACCAACGAGA